ACUUUGAGGAGCAGUUGUACGACACCAAGCUAACCGGUCAGACUUUCCGGCAUCCGUCCUCGCAGAGCUCCGAGGACGCGUCCACCUCGCUCAGCCGCUCGCCCGUCUCCUUCAACAAGAGGUCGGACUUCAUCUUCCUGCCGGCCUCCAAGCAGCUCUACGACGAUGAGACCGCCUCCUCCGUGUUCGGCCUGAGGUCCGCCGCCGACCCCUCGCCCUCCCCGACCCCGUCGCCCUGCGGCUCCGAUCGCCCGCCGCCGGGCUGGAACAGCAGCAACCACCACCACCACCGCAGCAGCAGCAGCGGCAGCACCCCCCCCCCCGCCGCCGCCGCCGGCGGGCCGCCCGUCGCCGACAAGCCGCGCUGGCAGCUCGGGAGGCGGAGUCACUUCCUGCCGCUGGACGUCACAGGUGAAGGGAGAGGAGGGAAAUUCCACGGCGUCGACCUCCUCCAGCACUCCCCGUCCCCGUCCCCGUCCCCCUCCCCCUCUGCGGGGGACCCCUUCCCCCAACAGCCCCGCUCCCUGGAGGCCGCCACGGACGCUUUCCACCAGAGCCUCCCGCUGAGGAAGACCCGCUCUGACCUCGACACGACCCCACCUGCAGGGCGCACACCGGACCGUCUUCACCCGGGAGCUAUGGACACCUCCGGACUGCUUUGCUCCAACACGGCCCCCUCUUCCUGGAACGGACCCAAGGGCUCAACGUUUUCACCGGGAGCGUGGAACGAGCCGUACAGCUACAGCGCCAACAAAGGCCCGGCGGUGCCGCCGAAACAGCACAGCGUGCUCGGAGGCGCCGGAGGGGGGGCGCGGGACGGGGUGAUGUUGGUGAGCUCGGGACAGUCGGUGGUCUCGCAUUCCAGUUCCUUCACGUCCAUGACGAACCCUUCCGGGAGAGGAGGGAGCAACACCAUGGCGACAAUGGGGAAGCGGAGCGAGACGGAAGGGGCGGCGGAGGCAGACGGCGGGAGAGGAGGUGUGGUCACGGAGGCGCUGAGAGGGCGGGAGAGGUCGGCGCGUUCCAUAGCGGCGGCCAACGCCUUCAAGUUUCGGGAGCGUUCGCUUUCCACGCCCACGGACCCAGGUUCCUUCGGCUUCACGGAAGGUGGUUUGGGCCCGCCAGACGGGAACGGGAAUGCCAUGGCGGUAGCGGACCGGCAACAGCAGCAUCAUAACUUCUUGGGUUCGGGCGAGAACUACGCCCUUCUUUACCCGAGAGGGAGCUCCGAAGACAGCACCAGCACCGGCGACACAAUCUCCGUCACGGCCUCGGACUACAGCGCUGACGGCCGCUUGCGCCUACGCUCCCGCUCCAUCUCGCUGAAGAAGUCCAAACGCAAGCCGCCCCCCCCUGUGAGGAGUGUGUCUCUCAUGAAGAACCUCGGAGAAGCCGAGGGGCAGAUCCGACGCGGGGGCAGCCUUUACCGGGAUGGUCGGCCCAAGAGCCUGCACAUCCCCAGGGACCACUUCACGGACUUUCAGGCCGAUUUCCUCCUGACGAACUCGUCCUGCUCCUCUAAACCCAAUCGAGUUGUAGAGCAGGAGAUGGGCCGUGGAGGCACCGAUGGACCUCCAAGCCUGGAGGUCCAGGCACCCGAGAGGGAGGGAGAGCCAGAGCUGACCUUCCCCAAUCACUGGCAGCUGGGCGAGUGGAAGAAUGACCCUUACAGGUCUUUAUCAGGCUCCAGCACAGCAACAGGUACGACAGUGAUUGAAUGCAUGAAAGUCAGAGGCAGCUCGGAGUCCCUGCUCGAUUCCCCCUCCACCUCCAGAGCCACUUCUCCCUCACAGCUCUCCAUGGACACUGACAUCAAGGCGCCCUCGCCCUUCAAACCCCUGGGACUUAUGUCCCCCUCAAGUGGCUAUUCUAGCCAGUCAGAGACUCCCACCCCUACUGUUCCUCUCAGUCACAUGGCAGGUCACGGGACAAUAGGGACACAGGGUUGUAAGUUGCGUCCAAAGAUCCCAGAAAGAAAAUCAUCACUACCGUCGCCGAAGGACCCGUCUGGGAGGUCUAGGUUAUCCUUUGAGAUGCCUGGGAAUGCACAUAUGGAGCUGUCGUCAAUCAAGCCAAAGCCAAAGGCCAGCCGGCGACAUUCUGACACCUCGAUGGCCGCAAAGCCGGGGAAAGUCAGCCCCAGCUCCUCGCAGACGUUGCCUGUAGUUACCCAAAAUGAGCUGAAGACUAUCCGGCUUCGUUCCGUCUCCCGCGGGGACUUGGAGGACUGCCCUGAUGGGGCUUCUGACACCAUUGAAGAGGAACAGCACGGCCGAGAGUUAGACGAGGACCCCAGCCCGCCACCCACCCUACCCAAACCCAAACCACCUGUCGCCGUCAAACCCCCGUUGCCCAAGCGGCCCAUUAACCUCCUUCUUAAGUCUCCUUCCCCGUCAUCAACCUCCCCCCUAGCUCUCGAUUCACCUCCUGGCUCACCCGUGGACCGGCCUGUGCCCCUAGGCAACAUCUACGAAGUAAUGAGGACAAAACCCAAGAAACCGCCUCCACAAACGAGUCCCUCAGUUCUUCCAGAUCCUACCGGUACUCCACAAACCACCUAUGAUCAUCCAUUCCUCCCCUACUCCCUCCUCUUCGAUCUCCUUCCUCUUCCGGACCUCAGCCUCUCUCGAAGACCCGACGAUGGAGCCUGAUUUGGCGUGGACCCGGAAAUUUGUCUUGGUCCUGGGGACGGAGGGUCGCUCCCUUCUCCCUGCAGCGACCAGGAGGCUCUGGAGCUCCUGAACAAAAGCAAGACCCUCCCCUCGAGGAUGACAAUCUCCUGUCUGGCAGAGCUGUCUGACAAAAAGAAACCCAAGGUUCCUCCUCCAGUCCCCAAGAAGCCCAACGUCCUGCUUCUUCCCUCAUCGGUCCAUCCCUCAACCAAUGGUGGCGCAGAGCGCCCGACCCCACAGGCCGACAGCCCCGUGGGUCUCCGCUCUCCCGGUGUUCCUGACAUGCUGGAGCAAGACGAAAACCAUGUGGGAAUGGACGAGGACAGUUCAAAGGAGUCAUCUGUUCAUUCGUCCCUGCAUGAUUCGUCCCUCACAGAGCUGGAGGGGAAAAUGGCUGGCGCUGGGAUUGGGGCAGAUGACUCCGCGUUUAACGAGAAGACGAUACUCCACAUCGCCGAGGAAACGGACGAAGCCGCGUCGGCCGGCUCGCCCUCGACGCACACCACCGAAGACCUGUUCACCAUCAUCCACAGGUCCAAGCGAAAGGUUCUGGGUCGCAAGGAGCCGACGGACUCCUUCGGCAGCCGGCAGAGCCUUGUGUCCCCGGUGAAGCACAGCACCAGCGGCGGCGACCUCCGAAACAUGACCUUGGGCAGCCAGCGGUCGAGCUCCCGCAACGAGAACUUCAUGGCCCUGCUACAGAAGAAAGGCAGCAAGUCCACCGGCGGCGGCGCCCGAGUCUCCGCCAUGGAGCUCCUCAAAAGCACAAACCCUCUGGCGCGACGGGUCACAGAGUUUUCGACACCCUCGGCGGCGAGCGGCGAGGAGGGGGACGAGGCGUCCGGGAACGGCAAACCCAACGAUCAAUGAACGGGAGGUAUCGGUAGCGGGUGUUCAGACCGGGUCCGCUCGCUUGUCGACAAAAGCUACUGACCGAUACCAAGAGGUGCCGCCCGAAGCAGAACGGGCGCCUUUUUGACUGAUGUGUCCGAUUGGCUCGCUCCAACUACUGAUUGACCAUUUGCGUUUUUUUCCGGGGAUGAAAUGGUCCCUCCCACGGUUUAAGCGCUUAUUGUUCCCUGUCAAACCAGCCCCUGGAGGAAGAAAAGAUCUGCGGAGAGGUUUUCUGGUGUUUCCCUCCGUCCUCUGGGAUCUGCUCAGCGUGGAGGCUGGAGGCUGGAGACGGAGCGGACAACAGGAAUAUGAGGAUCCAACAAAGAUAUCGUGGAUAUCCCCUCCUGGACCAGGACAACACGAGUCCCAGGUGGCAACCACGGCCAUGUAUAUGAAUCUACAAGCAGCUCUCGUUGAGCCACAAGGAUACCACAGAGGAUCGGUCACCAAAUAAAGAUAAACAGAAUACAAAUUCAGAAUAUGUCGGACUUCCAAGCGAUUCGUCUACGAUUCAAGCAAAGCCCCCCGGGCCGGCAGGACUACAGUGCCGACACCUGUCGACCCACAUGAAGAGUAAAUUAUUGAUGUAAGAAAACAUCUUCACAGCUCCUCCGGUCUCUGGGGAGCUCCCACUGCAGGCAUCAGCCUCUCCAUGACCGGAGCGCAGGAUUUACAAAGACCAAACCCCAUUGGGGUGGGGGGGGGGUGUAGGGAGGAGGGGCUUUUUGCCACCAAAGAUUUGACGCAUGGGCAUGUCACACAUUUCAUUGCUCGUGCCACGGACACGAACGCGGACCUCCGAAAAACAAUCCGCAGACGCAAGCACUUUUUUUUCCCCCCCCGCAUUUGCUUUGUUUGGGUUUUUUGUUUUUCCUCUCUCACAUUUAUCCCUGCACACGCCAGAUGGCGUGUUCUGUACAUGCUCAAUUGGACCGUGCGGUGCGUCUCAUGUACAGAGGUAAACGUGACGCGUCUUGCUGACGGAUAGCAUCGCGGACACAAGGACUAAAAAUAGUGUACAGCAAGGAGCUCCGACUACCAACUGAACACAAGAUGGAAGGAACGAAACACGGACCAACGUCAACAGUGUGUGAGUGUUUGUGUGUCUGUGUGUGUGUGUGUGUGUGUGCGCAGAUGAAAUCUAGCCUGUGGAGUUU